AUGAGAUUCCUCCUCGUCUUCAGCUGCCUGGUGCUGUCGGUCUUCUCCACCAUCCAGGAGCACCAGAAAUUGGCCAACGAGUGCCUCUUCAUCCUGGAAUUCGUGAUGAUCGUGGUGUUCGGCAUGGAGUACAUCAUCCGUGUGUGGGCCGCCGGCUGCUGCUGCCGCUACCGCGGCUGGCGCGGCCGCUUCCGCUUCGCCAGGAAACCCUUCUGCGUCAUAGAUUUCAUCGUCUUCAUCGCCUCGGUGGCCGUCAUCGCCGCGGGCACGCAGGGCAACAUCUUCGCCACGUCGGCGCUGCGCAGCAUGCGCUUCCUGCAGAUCCUGCGCAUGGUGCGCAUGGACCGCCGCGGCGGCACCUGGAAGCUGCUGGGCUCCGUCGUCUACGCCCACAGCAAGGAGCUCAUCACCGCCUGGUACAUCGGCUUCCUGGUGCUCAUCUUCGCCUCCUUCCUCGUCUACCUGGCCGAGAAAGACGCCAACGUGCAGUUCGCCACCUACGCCGAUUCCCUCUGGUGGGGCACGGUGACCCUGACCACCAUCGGCUACGGGGACAAAGCGCCGCAGACGUGGCUGGGCCGGAUGCUGGCGGCCGGAUUCGCCCUGCUCGGCAUCUCCUUCUUCGCCCUGCCUGCCGGCAUCCUGGGCUCCGGCUUCGCCCUCAAAGUGCAGGAGCAGCAUCGGCAGAAGCACUUUGAGAAGAGGCGGACGCCGGCGGCCAACCUGAUCCAGGCUGCCUGGCGCCUGUACUCCACGGAUGCCAGCCGGGUGUACCUGACGGCCACGUGGUGUUACUACGACAGCCUCCUGCCCGCCUUCAGCCCCAUCUUUAGUGGUAAGAGGAGGCUCUUGCAGACGUGGGGCACGUGGAGACGGAGCAGCAAGAUGGGCAUCAAGGAGCGGAUCCGGCUGAGCAGCUCGCAGCGCCAGGGCAGCCGCGGCCAGCAGCAGCACCUGGGGCCGCCCCUGCACCGCUCCCCCAGCACCGAGGACGUGGCCGAGGCCUCCAGCCCCACCAAGGUGCAGAAAAGCUGGAGCUUCAACGACCGCACCCGAUUCCGAGCGUCCCUGAGGCUCAAGCCGCGGACCCCGGCUGAGGCCGACUGCCCGCCGGAGGACAGUGGCGAGGAGAGGAGCUCCCCGUGCGACCUGACCUUCGAGGACAUCAUGCCGGCAGUGAAGACCCUCAUCCGGGCCGUCAGGAUCCUGAAAUUCCUGGUGGCCAAGAGGAAGUUCAAGGAGACCUUGCGUCCCUACGACGUCAAGGACGUCAUCGAGCAGUACUCGGCCGGACACCUGGACAUGCUGGGCAGGAUCAAGAGCCUGCAGACGCGCGUGGACCAGAUCGUGGGCAGGGAUCGGGCGCUGCCCGCGGACAAGAAGGUUCGGGAGAAGGGGGAGAAGCCGGCGCUGGAGGCGGAGCUGGUGGACGAGCUCAGCAUGAUGGGGCGCGUGGUCAAAGUGGAGCGGCAGGUGCAAUCCAUCGAGCACAAGCUGGACCUGCUGCUCGGCCUCUACUCGCAGUGCCUCCGCAAGGGCUCCGCCAACUCCUUCGUCCUGGCCGCAGUGCGGGCGCCGCCCGGCGAGCCCGACAUCACCUCCGACUACCAGAGCCCCGUGGAGCACGAGGACAUCUCCGUGUCCGCCCAGACCCUCAGCAUCUCCAGGUCGGCCAGCGCCAACAUGGACUGAGCAGAAGGCAGCGGGACGGACCCUGCCCGCCUGGCAUGGGGCACUGGGAGCGGCGUGGCGCUGUCCCCUCGCUGUCCCCUCGCUGUCCCCUCGCCGUGUUACUUGAACCGAGUCUUCCUUUGCGGGGACACGGCUGCAGCGGGGUGCCCGUGGCACUGUGGCAUGGCCAGCCCAAGCUCCUGGGGCGUUUCUGGGAUGCUCCUGGGAUAUUCCUGAGAUGCUCCCGAGGUGCUCCUGGGAUCCUCCUGGGAUGUUCCUGGGAUGCUCCUGGGAUAUUCCUGGGAUAUUCCUGAGAUGCUCCCGAGGUGCUCCUGGGAUCCUCCUGGGAUGUUCCUGGGAUGCUCCUGGGAUAUUCCUGGGAUAUUCCUGAGAUGCUCCCGAGGUGCUCCUGGGAUCCUCCUGGGAUGUUCCUGAGGUGCUCCUGGGAUAUUCCUGGGAUAUUCCUGAGAUGCUCCCGAGGUGCUCCUGGGAUCCUCCUGGGAUGUUCCUGAGGUGCUCCUGGAAUAUUCCUGGGAUAUUCCUGAAGAUGCUCCUGGGAUGUUCUUGGGGAUGUUCCUGGGGUGCUCCUGGAAUAUUCCUGGGGUGUUCCCGGGAUUCUUCUGGGAUGCUCCUGGGAUGUUCCUGGGGGUGUUCCUGGCUUCCUGCAGGAUGGCACCCCUCAGCUCCGGGGUCCUGGCUGCUCCCCAGCUGCGGUGGGGAUGCUCUGGGCUGGCCCCAUCCCCUGGGGUUUGGUUUGAGCCCCAGCCCUCAGGACAGGUCCUGCCUGGUCCCCCAGAGCUGAGCCGGGGCCACCACCAGCUAUGCAAGGUCCCAUCUCCCUCUUGCUGCCGGUGCAGGUGUGUGGGGGCACGACCCAGGGUGGUUUUACCCGCCUCACUCGGGGUCCCCAGUGUGGGGAGCAGGGGCCUGUCCCCCCUCCCCAGGCUGCACCUCUCCAGAAGCACAGCAGAGCCUUCUGCCUGCCCGUGCAUGCUCCCAGGGCAAUAUAUAUAUAGAAGAUAUAUAUAUAUAUAUAUAUAUUUAUGCAAUAAUGUCUUAAUAUGCAACACCCCUGGGAAGAGCAACCCGAGGGGCCAUAGGCAAUAAGCAACCCCCUGCCAGCUCCCAGGGCUGGACUGUGCUGCCCGGGGGGGUGGCCCUGGAGCCAGGAAGCUGAGCAGGGGCUGUGGGGACAGGCGCUGUCCCUCCCCCUGUGUCCCAGCCCUUACUCCUGCUUAGAGGAUUCCCUCCCGGCUGGGUCCUGCGGUGCUCAGUUUGUCCCUGUCCCUGUCCCCUCUGUGGUCCGGGGAGCACGGGUCGGGCCUGGAGGGGGACAGGGGUCCCCCUGGAGGGGGACAGGGCGGUGUCCUUGCAUGUCACCUACAGCAGAGCCGCGACAGCUCCCGCGCUGCCCCAAAUCCCUGCGCCGCCCCGCUCCCAGUCCCGGCGCUGCUUCCCAGUCCGGCGCCGCCGGGGCUGUGCCAAAGAGCCAGGCUGGGGCGGCAGCCGAGGCUCCAGGGGGGGCUCGGUGGUCACCCCACAGUGCCGGGCUCUGUCCUGGGCUGCUCCCCCCGCCGCCAGCGCCGCCCCUCUCUGGGCUUGGCACCGUGGGGUUCGCACCCCCUUCUCCCGUGCCUCUGCUCCGGGCACUGCGGGCUCCUGACCCUGCUCGUUCCCUCGCCCUCGCAUGUGGCCAGCGCGGGCCGUGCCAGAGCUGCUUGAACGCCCCCACCCUGCUCCUGCCCUCGGCCCGGGGGUGCCCGGGGCGGUGCCACACCAGGGGACAGCGCUGGGUGGGUGGCCGUGGGGCGAGGUGCAUGUGACAGCUUUGCCCGCAGCCGCACGCAGGAAUUAACCCUUAGAACCCCGCUCCCGGGGCUGGCUGGUCCCCGCAGACCCCCGAGCCAGCGGUAGUUACCUCACUUGAUUAACUUAUUAACUUAUUUGUUUC